UUAACUUGCUGAAGUUGUGUUUGAGCAACAAGCUUGUGACUGGGCUCACAGGGAACAGGUCGUUUCACGUGGUGCUUUUAUUGUCGUGGUUCUAACUUGAAAGGAAACGCAGCUGAACACAGGAAUGGGAGUUUUCACUUGACUUCUGAUUGGACCCCAGUGACUCAUUGCAUUUCCAGUGGAGGGUGAGGAAAUGUGUAAGCUGCCAUUUAUGUAAACAGUACUGCUCAGGGGUAUGUGAGGAAACACCCUUUCGCUUUAGAGGAUUUCUGUAUGAAGUUUCAGCUUAAAGACUAUUUACACUAAAGAUAUUCUCUUUCAAAACCAGUUUAGUUUUUUUAUAGCUGCGAAAAUAGUCAUCUCUCUUGCACUGACCACUAAGGUGUCAUGUCAGGGAACACAUUUCCCUUCACGUCCACGUCCCUGCGCUCUCUGAGACUGGAGCAGGAGUUUCAGGACUGGGAGAAUGCUCGACGAGCGUUGGCCCAGAGGAGGGCCCUGACCCGGGCCCCGCUGCCCCGAGCUCCAAGGCCUCCUCCCAGGCAGCAGCGGCUCCAGGAGGUCCGGGCCCCUCCGUCCCAGGUCCACUGUAGGGACACGACCAUCCACAACACCUUCAUGUUUGGAGACAUGAAGGGGGUGUAUGCGGUGCUGAAGGACCCAGGGAUGGUCAACGCUCUGAUGGAGACGGUGCAGGAGGAGAUGGUUUGGACUCCAGAGAUGGGCAUGUGGACGCUGAGCUCCAGGGUGAAGCAGACCUCAGCGUUACGUCUGGCUGCCAGCAGAGGACACGCAGGCUGUGUGGAGGAGCUGCUGUUUCGUGGGGCCGAGGUGAACGACGCCCCCGGGGGCCACAGCGCCCUCCACGACGCCUGCAUAGGCGGCCACGCUGUCUGCGUCGGGCUGCUGCUGUCCCAUGGAGCGGACCCUGAGGUUUUGACUGCAGACGGCAGCGCUCCUCUUCACCUCUGCAACUCUGCAGAGUCUCUCCACUGUGCCGAGUUGCUGUUGGAUGGAGGUGCAGAUGUUGACGUGAGGUUGAGGGAGUCAAGGCUCACACCUCUGCACGUGGCGGCUCGGCGAGGCCUGGAGCAGCACGUGGAGCUCUUCCUGAGCCACAGGGCGGACGUGCUGGUCACGAACAGAGAGGGGGAGACCCCUCUGAACGCUGCUUGCUCCGGAGCCGAGAGGCCGUCCGAGUCCGGCCGCUACCUCCGAGUGAUUCAAAUGCUGCUGGACGCAGGAGCUGACCCCAGAACUUCGGGCAGGAAGCAGCACACACCCCUGCACAACGCCUGCUCCAACUGCUGCUCCAGGAUCGUAAGCGUCCUCCUGCAGCACGGAGCCAAGGCUAACGUCGAAAACUGUGCAGGAUUCACACCGAUGGACUGUCUGCUGCAGGUGGUGGAAGAUUACUUGGACCAGCAGCCAGAAGAAGUAGCACGAUCCCUUCUCAACCACGGAGCCAAGACCGUUUCACCAAAGAAGCUGAAGCAGUGCUUCCUCUCUCCUGCCACCCUGGAGGUGAUGCUGAACUCGUACACGUCCGUCCCUCCCUGUGAAUGGAUUGACUCCGUGUCUGCUGACAUAAAGGAGGACCACCGGCCUUUCUUCGAGCUGGUGCGUCAGCGGAGCGGCCAGCCUCGCUCUCUGCAGCACCUGUGUCGGUGUGCUCUACGCCUGCACCUCGGGGCCCGGUGUCUCUCUGCAGUCAGUAAACUGGACGUUCCCAGCUCUGUGAGGGAUUAUGUGCUGCUGUGUAACGACGGGACGCUCCACUGACUUUGUGUUGAAUGAUCUAAACAGGAUGGUGCUUUUUGGGAGUGUUUUUAAUGUUACUUUUGUUUGGACAGUGUAUACUUUGAAAAAGUAUAUUCAUUUUAUGUGUAAUGUCUGAAUGACAAUACAAGGAACUUGGACAUCUCAUGAGA